AUGCAAGAUGUGAAGAAAGUCCUUGGAAAGACAAAAAUUGGUCUUUCAGAUCUCUACGAGAAUGUUAUUUCCUUAGUACAUCUUACUCUUCUUGGAUACGAUACAUCUUUCGGUCAAAUUCAGGCAGUUAAUCUUACACAAGAUUCCCAGAUGAUGACAAAGGCUCUCGGUUACUUAGCAUGCUCUGCACUCUUCGACUCCAAGUCAGAUCUCAUUGUUCUCAUCGUAAACUCAACACAACGCGAUCUUUCAUCCGGCCAUCCAACAUCCAUGGCCCUUGCCUUAACAGCAAUUGCCCAACUUGUUACUCCAGAGCUUAUCCAGCCAGUUAUUGGAUUUGUUGGCCAAUGCCUUAACCACACAGUCCCAUUAAUCAGACAAAAGGCCGUAAUGUGCGUACACUCUUUCAUUCAGAAGGAUCCAUCCUGUGUUGUUGAUUUCUUCCCAGAUCUCUGCCGUCUCCUCUCAGAUCCAGAUCUUUCCAUAGUUAAUGCAGUUGUUUGCACAUUUACAACUCUCCUCAAGAACCAACUCAACAUCCGCCAGAUUUGUGACCUCCUCGGUGAUCUUACACGUGUUGCACAGGUUAUUGUCACUAACAACGUAAAGAUCGAAUAUUCUCAUCAGAAGAUGAGCGCACCAUUCAUAUUAGUCAACAUAUACAGACUUAUACAGAAGAUUGCCGCCAACAUGACAGGAAUCAAUGACCAAAUUGAGCCAUUAAUCACUCAAACAUUGCAAUCAGGAAAUCUUGAGUCUCCUGCAUCAGCAUCUGUACUCUACGAAGCCUUAAGAACAGCAAUUGCACUUGAUCUUACAGAAAUCCCUCAACUUAAAGGUGCAAUUUCGUUAUUCAUGAGUUCUAGAGAACAGAACUACAAAUACAUUGGUUUAUCACUUCUCACAGCCAUUCCUGACUUUGCUGCUGAAUUCCAGUCGACAAUCAUUGAUUGCCUCGAACAUCCUGAUCCAAGUAUCAGAUUGAUCACAUUGAAUCUCCUCCACAACAUGGCAUCAGAUGACAAUGCACAGAUCAUUGUUAUCAACAUGUUGAAAUUCUUCCAGCGCACAAAGAAUGAAAUCAUCAGACGUGAUCUUUCUGAUAGAAUCACUGACAUCGCAUCAAAAUUCUCUCCAUCACCAAUUUGGUUUGCAAAGACAAUGGAACAAUUAUUUGCAAUUGGAGGUGAUUUUGUUCGUCCUGAAGUUGCAUUCCAAGUCAUGAAGAUCAUUGAUGAAGAAUGCGAUGAAGAAAUGAGGAGAUCAAUUGUCAAUCUUUAUUUGGAUGUCGCUCAAUCAUCUCGUAGAUUAUCUGAUGUCUUUGUAACAGUAAUUUCCCAUGUCAUUGGAAAUUACGCUGAAUUAUCCGAUGAAUACGAUUUAUCCUUCAUUAUUUUGUUAUUAUGUGAUUUGGCUGAUGGAUAUGACAAUCCAAGAGAAUGGGUUUUGAACGCUAUUCUCAAGUUGUUACCAAAGAUUGAAGAAGUUCCACAAGAAGUAUUAGAUGUAUUUGAGAACUACAAACAAUCUAGAUCCAUCAUUGUUCAGAACAUCUGUUACGAAGCAUUGCAAUUGUUGAAUUUCAGAGAAUCAUUGAACAUCGUUUUAUCAAUGAAUGAAGAAGAAGAUCCACAGUUAUCAUUCCUCGAUGACUUUGUCAACGAAGCAAUUGCAAAUGGUGGCCGUCAAUACAUUCCUAUUGAUGACAGAGACACAGAUAUCAUUGUUACAAACAAGCCAACACUUAUUUACACUCAAUAUCCACAUAACACACCAGGAAAUGUUUAUUCCUCUGAUGGUGUCAAUUCAGGACCAGUUUCAACACAAGUUGAAGAAGACACAACAACAUUGAAUGUCUCAGGUGUUGCUGCUGUUUGGAGUAACGAAGGAUUGGUUGUACAAACAACAGAACAAGAAGCAACACCAGCAGGAUAUGCUUCUCCUGAUAACACUUACAGACCAGAAGAAACAUAUUCAUCUCCAUCAAAGAAACCAUCAAUGUUCGCUAAAUUGUCUGUCGCAGGAAAGAAGAAUCAAAACAGUGAACAAGAGAAGAAAGACAAACUCGCAGCUUCUAUUUUCAAAGGUUCUAAACCAAUUGCUAAGAAGCCAAUUUCUAAACAAGCUCCUUCUUCUCCACAACAACAACAACAACAAAUUCAACAACCUGUUUCUCCUGUUAAAGUUGAAUUGUCUCAACAACAAAUACAAAAUAUAGAAAUUGCAACACAAGAGUUGCAAAAUCCUCCUCCACAACAAAUUAUUGAAUUCUCUCAGUCAGGAAUUUCUCCGAAACCUGUAUUUGAAGAUGAAAUGAUUAAAGUUAUCGCAUGCGCAAACCAAGGAAAGAUAUUAGUUGCAGUAAUGAACGCAACAUCGACACCAAUUGGAGACUUCAAGUUAAGUAUUGAUGGACCAGAAGUUCUCAACAAAGAUGUUGUUUCUCAGCCACACACAAUUAACUGCAUCCCACAACAGAACGCUGUUACGAUGUUGGCAACUUAUUCAUUCCCUAAGACAAUGAAGGGAUUCCCACAGUUCAAGUUCGCUGCAAACAUCCAAUACAAUGGAAAGAACAUCAAUGUUCCAUUACCAGCCAAUUUGUUGUCAUUCAUCGCUCCACAACAGGCAACAACAGCUGAAUUCGGAGCUGCUUGGAAGUCUGGUGGAAGUGAAAUUGUCUACUCAUUGCCAAGAACAGAAGGAUUGACAAUUGAUGAGAUUUCUAAGUUGAUGAAUACUCUUGUAGGAGUUAAAACAGUUCAGAGAAUUGGCCAGGAAGAGAUCUUCAUGGGAUUGUUGGUUUCCACACCAUUCAAGAUCUUGAUCCACGUCAAGUUUGGCGCUCAAAAAAUUGAUAUCAAGGUCUUAACAAAGGCUCAGCCACUCACUGCUUCUCUCGUUAACGACCUCAAGACAAUCUUCGCUUAA